AUGACUGAUUCAAUGCAUUAUUCAUUAUCCGAACACAAUCGAAAGACAUUUUGUUACCAAUUAAUUAUUCAUGAUAUUCUUCAAUGGAUAUUAUACUUAAAAACUCUUUCAGAAUUAUUCCAGUCAACAUUAUUUGGAUAUUUAAUACCAUUUAAUAAUCGAACUUUAUCAGAUAAUGAUAAAACAAAUGUUGAUAAUAAUCAAAUUCGCACACAAAGCAAUAAACCGUCUUCAAGUACAACGCAAAAUAACGAACAAACAGUCACAAUAUCAACUACUACGGUAAAUCGAUCGUCUCCUCAAACCAGAUUCGAUGAGGUUGUAUUAGUUCAGCAUACACAAGAUACUAAAGCUCAUAAUAAAAAAGGUUUACACCCAUUUUUUUAUAAAGGUAAUAAUAGCACAGUGUCUCUUGUAUGGUUAAUUAGCGAUAUGGAAAUGAACCAGAUUGGUAACAGAAUACAAGAUAAACUUGGCGAGCGAUUUAUAUUCUUUGACGAUAAAUACAAAUGUUUGGAAUAUAUUCAAUCUAAGUCAGAUACAACCAUCUUUUUGGUUACAUGCGAUAAAUACGCUCAAGACUUAAUUCUCAUUGUUCAUGAUUUAUCUCAAAUAUAUUCAUUGUAUAUUCAUUGCGAUAACAUUGAUAUUCAAUCGUUAAAAUUAUGGUCUGAAUCUUAUCCAAAAGUAUGGGGUGUAUUCAGCAUCGAAGAGAGUUUGUUGUAUAAAUUAGCACUGGAUCUAGCAUUAUAUUAUAUAAAACAAGGUGAUGAGUAUAACCGAUCAGAAACAUCAUAUCCAUCUGUCAAAGAUGGUCGGGUAAAGAUCAAUUUUAAGUCAAAAGCACAAAAUACAACAACAUUUGUAGCAUAA